AUGGCCGACUUCAGCUGGCUUCGGCUCGGGCAGCGUUCUCGUACUCCUAGCAUCCCCCGGACGCCAACAUCCCCUGAACGAGCACCGAGACGGGCCGCCAGCAACUUGAGUCUAACCAGCCACUCUUCUCGCGAGUUAUUGACCGGUAGCAGUAGUGCUAGUUUGUUUAUCCGUGAACAAGAUAAGAUAUGGUAUAACCCCUCUCUGGACCAGAUGGUCGAGGCGCUCCAGGUCGUUCUCAUGACCCAGAGGGCACUACGACCCAUCCCUAUCGAGUACAACUCGUAUAUCCUACACCUAAUCGAAGGAUUCGCCAAUGCCCAGGAGAGGAUUCAGACCAUCGAUGCUGCUUACACUGAAUCUAGGCACUCGCUCGAGCAUCACCUAGAGCAUUUCAAGUCUGUAGCCGACGAAUGGCUAGAACGCGAGAGUCAGUAUAAAGCCGAGAUCAAACGGCUUGAAGUACUACUGUCGAGAACGUCGAGCGAUGGUCUAGAGGCAGUGACGCUGGCUAGGACGAAUAGUGUCGUUGAUAGGAAUGGUCCUCAGGCUAAGCAAUUCGUCUCUAAAUUGAAACGCCUCAGCACGCAAACCAUGGAAGGUAAGUACACCCACCUGCUAUCCACCUAG